UAGGGGACUGAGGGAGGGCCCGGGCGGUGCGAAGCGGGGGUGGGCCCUGCGCGUAAUGGCUGUGCCGUGUCCUCGCGUCCAUCUUUACCGCUCUCUUGGACCUGUCACAAAGGAGUCGCGCCGCUGUCGCUGUUCCCUCCCUCCGGUGGGCCCGGGAGCUAGUGGAAGUCAGUGCCACAGCCCAACCUCGCUGCUCUGGGAAGGCCCUGGGGGACGUGGCCGGAGAGGGAGCCUACAGGCUAGGGACGUCUGUGAGGGAAGGGAGCAGCCGCCAGAGCCUGGGUCGGAGAGAGCGGACUGGGGCCGCGGCCGGCUCCGGGUAGGGGUCUUGGAGAGGGUGGCGCUUGGCAGAGCCCUGGAAGCAGCCGGCACGUUCUCCGCCGAGGCCCGCGCUGGAGGCGCCUAAAGCGGUUCCUGGAAGAGGGUGUUUCCCUUUGGGGGAUCUUGCCUGGAGGAGGUCCUGGGGUCACCCUUCCGACGAGACUGCGGCUAAGCGGGCCCAGGACUGCCAGUGCAUGGCCAGCAUUCCUGGUGGUUGAUAAUGUUGGAAGUCAGCUGUCCGACCUUCUCCAGCACGCAGUUGUUAAAAAUGAAUAGAAUGCGAGUUCAACUCCACAUCAUGGAAACAGUACCUGGGAAAUUGAAAACUAUCUAAAUGAUUGUCUUUGGUUGGGCUGUGUUCUUAGCAAGCAGAAGCCUUGGCCAGGGUCUGCUGUUGACUCUCGAGGAGCACAUAGCCCACUUGUUGGGGACUACAGGUGCCACUACUACUAUGGGUAAUUCCUGUAUCUGCCGAGAUGACAGUGGAGCAGAAGACAGUGUUGACACCCACCAGCAGCAGGCUGAAAACAGUGCAGUCCCUACUGCUGACAUUAGGAGCCAACCUCGGGACCCUGUUCGGCCUCCAAGGAGAGGCCGAGGACCACAUGAACCAAGGAGAAAGAAACAAAAUGUGGAUGGGUUAGUGCUGGAUACACUGGCGGUAAUACGGACUCUUGUAGAUAAUGAUCAGGAACCUCCCUACUCAAUGAUUACAUUACAUGAAAUGGCAGAAACAGAUGAAGGAUGGUUGGAUGUUGUCCAGUCUUUAAUUAGAGUUAUUCCAUUGGAAGAUCCAUUGGGACCAGCUGUUAUAACCUUGUUACUAGACGAAUGUCCAUUGCCCACUAAAGAUGCACUCCAGAAAUUGACUGAAAUUCUCAACUUAAAUGGAGAAGUAGCAUGCCAGGACUCAGGCCACCCUGCCAAACAUAGGAACACAUCUGCAGUCCUUGGCUGCUUGGCUGAGAAACUAGCAGGUCCUGCAAGCAUAGGUUUACUUAGCCCAGGAAUACUGGAAUAUUUGUUACAGUGUCUGAAGCUACACUCCCACCCUACAGUUAUGCUUUUUGCACUGAUUGCACUGGAAAAGUUUGCCCAAACAAGUGAAAAUAAAUUGACUAUCUCUGAAUCCAGUAUUAGUGACCGACUGGUCACCUUGGAGUUGUGGGCUGAUGAUCCUGAUUAUCUGAAACGUCAAGUUGGCUUCUGUGCCCAGUGGAGCUUAGACAAUCUCUUUUUAAAAGAAGGUAGACAACUAACCUACGAGAAAGUGGACUUGAAAAACAUUAGGGCCAUGCUGAACAGCAAUGACGUCAGCGAGUACUUGAAGAUCUCACCUCACGGCUUGGAGGCUCGCUGUGAUGCCUCCUCCUUUGAGAGUGUCCGCUGCACUUUUUGUGUGGACACUGGGGUGUGGUACUACGAAGUAACAGUAAUCACUUCUGGUGUCAUGCAGAUUGGCUGGGCUACUCGAGACAGCAAGUUUCUCAACCACGAAGGAUACGGCAUUGGGGACGAUGAGUAUUCCUGUGCCUAUGAUGGCUGCCGGCAGCUGAUUUGGUACAAUGCCAGAAGUAAGCCUCAUGUGCACCCGUGCUGGAAGGAAGGCGACACAGUAGGGUUUCUGUUAGACUUGAAUGAAAAGCAAAUGAUCUUCUUUCUAAAUGGCAACCAGCUGCCUCCUGAGAAGCAAGUCUUUUCAUCCACCGUAUCUGGAUUUUUUGCUGCAGCUAGUUUCAUGUCAUAUCAACAAUGUGAGUUCAAUUUUGGAGCAAAACCAUUCAAAUACCCACCAUCUAUGAAAUUUAGCACUUUUAAUGAUUACGCCUUCCUAACAGCUGAAGAAAAGAUCAUUUUGCCAAGGCACAGGCGCCUCGCUCUGCUGAAACAAGUCAGUAUUCGAGAGAACUGCUGUUCACUCUGUUGUGAUGAGGUAGCAGACACACAGCUGAAGCCAUGUGGACACAGCGACCUGUGCAUGGAUUGUGCCUUGCAACUGGAGACCUGCCCAUUGUGUCGUAAAGAAAUAGUGUCUAGAAUCAGACAGAUUUCUCAUAUUUCAUGACACAUGUGAAGAGAUACCAUGGACAUAUUUCUACUCGAUUCCAACAAUGUGGAAAUGGAAAGAAAAAAAACCACACGAACAUCUCUUACCAGUUGUACGCACAUUGAAACUUAUAGCCAUGGCCAGAUUUUAUGCUAAAAUUGGUAGUUUGUCAAAGACAAAUUCUCUUAGAAUCUAAUCCAACUUGCCAGCCCUGAAUUUCUUUUGAGGCCUAGGAGGCCGGAUGUCAGCAGCUGGGCCUGUGGUACUUCCAUGAAAAACAGCAGGUGACAAGGGUCUCCUGAAUACUGAAGCCACGCCGGAAUUCCUGUUGGGUUCAUUUGGUUGUUUACACAAGGUGUUUGCGUCUUAGUCCACAGUUUUUAUUUUGGGGUGAAGUCAUUUUGGAGAAAUAAUUGACAGCGUGUCUGGGUUAAGCAUCAUUGAUCAGAGAAACCCCGGUGUGUUAAGCAUGGAUAUUGCACUGCAAGACUUGAAUCUAUAAACGUAGCAUCACACAGGUCAUUACUUCAAGCAACAUGGAGAUGCGGAAAGAAGGUGCACAGACUGUAGGAAAAAACAAAACAAACAAACAAGGAAAAAAAAAACAAUUUUUUUUUUUUAUAUUUUAGUGAUCCCAAAGAACAUUCUAAUUUUUUUAGGCUACAGAAAAUUGGUGGUAUUUUCACAUUCAUGGUGUUUCUAUCCAGUUUCAGUACCCACAUUUUGUGAGGAAAAAUGUUUUACCAAUGCAGGAGGAACUCUUAACCCAAUUGCAAUGUUAGACUGGAAAAAAUUUGGUAGUUAGUGUAUCUUUGAGGUACCAUCAAAUCAGGUUUUUUUUUUAUUUUUAAAAAGUUUUUAAUCAGUAUUGUUUUUGGAAAUCAUAUACUUUGAAACGCUUGAAUUAAUAGUCUCUAGAGGACAGUCUGAGAACACAUAUCCUGUUGUUUAAAUAAAUACAUGUUUUUGAGUAGCAAGUUCAAUCAUGAAUUGUUGACUCUGUCUUCAUCAAGUGUUUUUAUCCCUCUCAGGGUCUCUGGUGAAGACCUCAAGAGCUUGCUUUUUUUUUUCUCCAAGAAAAUUGGAAGGUAGAAUUGUAAAUUUUUUAAGACUUAUUUCAUAAUGGUGUACCUCAGCAACUGCCUUUCAAUUUAUGCCAAGUCCUUACUGAGUUUAUACUUGAACAGUAGAUGUCUUCUGAGUUUUACGGUGUCUUAAAUUCACUGCACAUUCUUUUCCUUCCUUUUCCCUCUUUCUUGUUUGUAGUUCAUUAAACCUGUCCUACCACGGAGGUGACUGCCUUCCUGGCUGUACUUGCUGGGGUGCUGGAUUUUUCCAUGUCUCACUGGUCUUCCAUAAAUCCAAAUAUAUACAUAUAUAUAUAAGUCUAUAUACAGAUAGAGUUAUGUGUCCUCCUUCAGCUUGUGGUGAAUGCAGUAAUUUGCAUUGAAGAAUAAAGUAUCUGUUGCAUUUUUUACUCUAACACGUCCCAGCUCUCAUUGGUGUCUUCUCCUAAAGCUCCUACUCUCAGGGUAGGAGAGAACGAAGUGUAAGAACUAAGGAAGAAAGUCAGACCUGUGAUACCAGCACUCAGAAGGCUGAGACUGGAAGAUUCACAUGAGUUUGCAGGCAGCCCAGACUGCUCCACAGAGAGUUCCAGUUAGGGCUGGAUAGCACUGGAUCAUUAGGUCAGGGGUAGAAUACUGCCUGGCACGUGUUCCUUCCCUGGAACCUCAAAGGAAAAGAAAACUAAGAAUUAAGUUUAGCCAGGCAUGGUGCAUGCCUUUUGUUCCAGCACCUGGAAGGCAGAGACAGACCAAUCUAGGAGUUCCAGGCCAGGACUUACAUAGUAAGGUCUUGCUAAUUACAUAUCCAUCAGGUAGCUCUUCAUUGAUAGGCUUCAAUAGGUGCUGGCACUGUGCCUGUGUGGCUUCUCAGAUAUCUACUUACGGGGCAGCAGCAGGAAGAAGCAGUAUAAUUUCUGUGUACUGUGGUGAUUUUAUAGUGCCAUGAAGGAUAAGAAUAUGCUACCCAAAAGUACGUAGUUAUGGGGAGAAUGCGGCAGAACAACUUUAGAUAUUUGGGUAACAUGGGUAAGGGAAGUUGUCAGAAGAAAACUAAGAGAGACAUAAGGAUGUAGCCAGGCAGCGGGAUGAGGACAGACUUCUAGGAGUAGGUAUCUAAGUGGGCAUAGCACUGUGUAAAGGUCCUCACUAAGAAGGAAAGCUGGUGCAGGGGAGAUAGGACGUGGUGGGAAUAGUGUGCUCUGCCACAGGGGCUGUGCAUGAAGCCCAUGGUAAGGAGUUUGUAUUUCCUCCUAAAUACAACAAAAAGGCAAUUGUUUAUUAAGCUUGGAACUGCCUGGAUAGUGUUCUUAGAGAAUGGUUCUGCCCUCUGCUUGGGAAUAGAAUAGAGUGAGUGGGGCGGAGCUAGGGGAGCAGAAAAUCUAAUACAACAGGGGCUAAGGGAUUGCGGAACCUGCCAGCUUUCUAGAAGUUUCCCCUUGAACUUUGUUCCUAAGGUGGCCUGCUUUUCCAAUUUUUAACUUUGAGACUAUAGAACAGAAGAGCUUCAGUAGGGAAUUGAUUAACCAUUUGGAGUGGAAGCACAUUUAUCGUGGAGUCGCUUUUAAAAGAUAUAUACUGCAUAUAGAAGAGAAAGAAGUGGAUUGGUAAGCCACAUGCAGACUCAGUCACUAAGUCAGAGGGAGAAAAGAAUUUGUUAGGGCAUUUCCACAGUGAUUCACUGGGGGAAAUCUAGAGUUUCAGCCAGAAAAAAUUGUGAAUUGCCAUCUUCUUUUGAAUGAUGUAAAACAGGAAAAUAUCAUGGUGCCAUUUGCAGAGUUCCAGAAAAUAAUGAUUGUGCCACAGAAACUGAAACCAUGUUGGUCAGCAAUAGAAAAUGAUUUUUAUGAUUUGAACCAUCUUUAAUAUGUAUCCUUGAAAACAAACCAGCUCUUUCCAGUGUUGUCCACUCUUUUAUCUUGUGCUACUGCUUAGUCACUUAGGAAAUAUAUGUGUAAUUUUUUAAUAAAUAUAUAUAUAAAUGCUUUUGAGGCAGGAUCUCACUGUGUACCUUCCACUGGUCUGGCCUAGGACCAGCUGUGUAGACUAGUCUGGCAUGGAACUCAGAGAUCCUGCUGCCUCUGCCUCCCAGUGCUGGAAUUAAAAGGCUUGUGCCACCCCCCUGGACAGGAAUAGUUUUUUUUUGUGUGUAUGUUUUUUGUUGGGUUUGGUUUGGUUGUUUGUUUUUUUGACAGGGUAUAUUACCAUGUAGUUUUGGAUGUCCUAGAACUCACUAUGUAGACCAGACUGACCUCAAACUCAGAGAUCUGCCUGCCUCUGCCUCCCAGGUGCUGGGACUAAAGGUGUGUGCCACUACGCCCAGCAGAAAUAGUUUUAAUGUAGCUAGUUAUGGUGGCUGAUACCUAUAAUGCCAGCAUUUUACGGGCAGGUGGUUUGCUAGGAAUUUGAAGAUAGCCUAGAUUACAUUGUGAGUUCCAGGUCAGCCUGGGCUAUAGAGUAAGAGCCCAUGGCUAUACAAGAGGACUCAGGUUUGAUUUGUGUGGUAUUGGUGUCUCACAACCAUCUGUAACUCCACUUCCAACAGAUCCAACACCUUCUGGCAUCAGCCAACAGGCAUGCAUGUGGUGCAAAGACAUAUAUGCAAGCAAAAUAUCCAUACACGAAGAAUAAAUGUUUGAAAGGGUUUUUGUUUUGUUUUCUUUUGACGUUUUUUCCUAAAGAAAAAGUGCUGGCAAGAUGAUCAUUCAGCAGGCAAAGGCACUUGGCACCAAGCUAAUGACCUGAGUUUGAUCCCUGGCCUCCAUAUUGUAGAAGGAGAGAACCAACUCCUGCAAGUUGUCCUGACCUCAUGCACUGUGCACUGCCAUGUGUAUGCAUACAUAUACAAAUAAAAUGUAUUAUUUUUUUAAAUUAAAAGAAAACAUGUAUUUUUGUUUUCUGUUUUUU